CGGAAUGCGGGUGGGAAUGGCGAGUUUUCCGCUGCUCAGUCACAUGACACUGAUUCAGCUGAGCGAGAAACUGUGGUAGAGAGACAUGCCACAACACUGAGAGAGAGACCGGGAGAGAGAGAGACAUGCAACAGCACUGAGACAAACAAAACUUCUGCUCACAGUUUAGAAAACUUUUCCUGCAGUGUGUGUGAGUGUGUGUGUGUGUGUGUGUGUGUGUGUGCGCGCGCACCGAGGAGGAUUUCCUGCACGACAGGAGCAGAAUGGAGCGCAGGGAGGCGGAGGAGAGCGGAGCAGGGGGAAACAUGUCUAAGGUAGAGGAGAAAAAGUGGAGCAGAAGAGCAGAUGAUGGAGGAGAAAACAAGGAGAACCUCAGCAAAGAGAAGUUUGAUCUGGCUGGGGUGUACGUGUCUGAUGCGCAGUACAACCGGAACAUCCCCUUUGACCCCUCGCCUCAGGCUGUCAGGCUGUACUUGCUGUAUAAUCAUGGUCUCCUGCAUGUGUUGGUGUACGUCUUCAUUAUGGUGGAUCUCGCUCUGGCACUGUUUGAAGAACCAGCUGUGGUGAGCCUGCCGCUGUGGGCUACCUCAGCGAUGGAGCUGGUGUGUCUCUUGGCCAUCACUCUUCGGGUUAUACAUUAUUCUAAAGUCAUCCCCCGCAGAAUAUUCUUCAGAGAUCCUAAAAACCUCUGCAUCAUCGUCAUAAUCACGCUGUUUUUGAUUGACAUGAUCAUAUAUGGAGCUCUGUAUGCAAGUGGACACUCCUCAGUGCGCUGGUCCCGUGUGUUGCGCCCUUUACUGCUGGUCAACGUCACGGAGGGACAACAGCUCCGCAGGGCAUUUAGAAGUAUCAGGAAUGCUCUGCCACAGAUCCUGGUGGUUUUCUGCCUCUUUAUCUUUAGUCUGCUGAUUUUCUCCCUCAUGGCUCUGAAGUUGCUGGGCAAACGGAACCUGAAAACCAUUGAUGGAACAUCUUACUUCACAAACUACCUGGAGAGUGUAUUUGAACUAUAUGUUUUAUUGACCACGGCUAACAGCCCUGAUGUCAUGAUGCCAGCCUACAACUACAGCUCCUACUUUGCCAUUUUCUUCAUCCUGUACAUCGUCAUCAACACCUACACCUUCAUGUCUGUCUUCUUGGCUGUGGUCUACAACAACUACAAAAAACACUUAAAGGAGGAAGUGCGACAGCUGGUGAAAACUAAAAGGCAGAAGCUACGUCGAGCAUUUUGUCUUCUAAAGGAGAAUGUAGGAACUGUAGGAAAUGAAGGAACUGGAGGGACCGGAGAGAUCGGGACGAAUCCAGUGGUCAGUCAGAGCAGAUGGACAGAGCUGGUGAAGCAAGUUCAACCCAACAUCAGCACCGCCCACAGGGAGCUCCUCUGGAGCGUUCUAGAUCACAAUAACAAAGGCCAUAUAGGGAAGCAGGCAUUUUUGCAAAUUGCUGAUUUGCUGAAUAUCCAGGUCAUAACCCUGAAGUCCCGCCCACACCCAUUUCAGUUGUGGAUGCCAGCUCUGUACAAUUCCACUGUCAGCAGAAUCAUCCACCGCAUUGUUAAGCACAGGGUGUUUGUGUUUGUGUAUGAUGCUGUAAUCCUGGUGAAUGCAGUCUUCAUUGGCCUGGAUGAGGAGGACCCCCUGGUGUCUAAUGCUGAGUGGGCAUUCCUCACGCUCUACCUGCUGGAGAUCCUCCUUAAGCUCUACACCUUUGAGCCACGAGCGUUUUUUGCCAGGCAUCAAUUUUGGAACUGGUUUGAUACGAUCAUCAUCCUCUCUGCUCUUCUGGCUACAAUAAUAAAUGCAGCGCUGAAGUCUUACAGCUUCCUCUUGGGUCCACAGUUAAUCCUGUUGGAUGUGGUUCGGCUUUCUUGGCGGUAUGCUGACAUUACCCUGGAUACCGUGGCUCUUGAUACAUCACAAAAACUUGCUGUCUUGGUCACAGAUGCACCAGCAAGACAUGCACCAACAAUUUGUCCACUUUUGAACUCUGCGGGAGGCUACACCAGCCGUCAAAUCCUGGACAUUGUUUUUAUCUUGAGGGUGCUACGGCUCAUCCGGGUGGUGGACACAAUUCCCAGUUUCCGUGCCAUCAUCGAUACUCUAACAAGGAUAGGCCCACCCAUGCUCACCUUUGGUCAGCUGAUCCUGGUGGUGUAUUACAUCUUUGCGAUGGUGGGGAUGGAGCUUUUUAAAGGAAAGAUUCAGGUUUUUGCAGCAAACUCCACAGACCCUGCACGGGAAUACUGUGGUAAUCCCCUGCUGAAGGACUCUGCUUUUGCUCGGAACAACUACUGCAAAAACAACUUCAAUGACGUGGUGUCCUCGUUCAUUCUGCUGCUGGAGCUCACCGUGGUCAACCAGUGGCAUGUGCUGACUGGUGGAUUUACCGCAGUCACUCAUAAUGCAGCCAGAAUAUUCUUCGUUCUCUUCCAUAUUGUGGUGGUGAUCAUCAUCAUUAACAUUUUCGUGGCUUUCAUCCUGGAGGCAUUUUUCAUUGAGUACAUGGUGGAAAAAACGGACCUGCAUACAUCACUAGAGAAGAAAAUUGAGGAGCUGAACCUGUGUGUGGAGCAGGAGCAGAUGAAUGGAAACCUGGUGGAGGCGAUGGAGACUCAGGAAAAUGAUAUGGGUUCCUCUGAGGGAGCGAAGACCAGACCCACACUGAUGUUCAAAAUUAGUUCCAAAAGGUAUCGCACGAUGGAUGCUCUGCUGCAGAGAAUGUUUGAAACUGAGACAGACCUCAGUGCAGACGACAUGAACGAAGACGCAGAAGACAUGAACUUUUCCAACCCAUCCUUCAACCCUGCAUAAACACACACAUACACACACUAUACAUAUAUGUAUAUGUGUAAAUGCAUACUGCAGUAUUGUUAUAUAUAUAUUUUUGUAUAACUAAAGAUCAGGGAUGUGUUUAUAGACCAGCAGGGACUGUGGAGGUUUAACCUGUGGGAUCGAAACCACAGGAAGUAUGAUGUAGAACGCUGCAAGAUCUGCACAACAUCAUGUUCUAGAUAAAGUAUACUAUGCUCAGAACCCUGUGGAACAUUAUAUUAUCUAAUAUUACUUUUGAAGCACCGAAAGCCUUAAAACUGAGGAGAACCUGACUGCCACUUUAGCCUGCUGCUAGACAGGUUUUUUUAUCUGAGACCAAAGAAUCCUCCAGCACGUUAUGAUUUGGGAAUGGGAGCAGAAGGGAAUUUGUGUACAAAGUGUUUAAAGCUGUAAUAAAGAGACUGAAACUGAA